GCGCGUGUAUGUGACAUGAUCGACUGACACGAGAGCUCGAUCCUCGAGCUAGUGCGACCGAAUAAUUGCCCCCGGCUCUGAUUGAUUAUCGACGACUCCGCCGAGCGACUCGCGCGAGUUACGACCGUUCGAUCGUUGUUGGAUCUGUGCAGACUCGCUCGAGAGCCAGUGCGACGUUUAAUAUAAUAUACAUAUAAGUCGAGUGACGCGAUGAAGUGCACCACCAGACGUCUUUAGUUCCUAGGCCUAGAUCGGGUAGUAGUUUGACCAGUAGUUUGUCGUCGUUAAAAUUCGCGUCGCCAUGUCGGAGCACGGGGAGAGCAGCGAGCUCGACGCGACCGAGGAGAUAAACGUCGACGAGCUCGACGAGGAGCGCAGCUGCAGUCCAGGCAACACUGGCGGCCACUCGGACUCGUCGCCGCCGCCCCUCAAGCACGAGGCCUGCACCAAGGAGCAGCUGCAGCAGAGCAGCGAGCCCCCGCCACCCACGAGCCGCUCCGGCGGCGGCAUGCACCCCUUCAGUAUAAGCAGGCUGCUGGCCGACAGCUGCGGACAGCUGGUGGCCGUGGCCAAGGACUCGGCCGAGGAGAUGGAGGCCCAGCAGCGAGCCGCCUCCCAGUGGGCCGCCGCCUGUUGGGCCGCCAGCGGCGAUCGGCGCCACGAGCACGACUCCGACUCGAACAAGUCCGACGAGGACGGGGCCAGUCCCAGCAGUCCCCGGCCCGAGCGAUCGUCCAGCGGCGCGAGCGCGAGCAUGGCCGCGGCGGCUGCGGCGGCGGCCGUCAUGCACCCGGCCGACCUGCUGGCCCCCUUCAGACUCUUCCCCGGGGCCUCGAGUCUGCUCUACGCCAACGGCGUGAUCAGGGUGCCGGCCCACAGGCCCCAGGGCUCGCUGCUGCCACCCUGGAGCGGUCUGCCGACGAGUAUGCAGCAGCAGCAGCAACAGCAGCAGCAGCAGGCGGCUGCGGCGGCCGCUGCCAACGCCGGACUCCACACGGCCAGGUUCCUGGCGAAUCUCGCGGCCCACCCGCUCCAAGCGCACCCGCAUCUCAAAGACCGACUGGCCGUGGCGGGCAGCUUCCCCAGACGGAUAGGCCAUCCGUAUCAAAAUCGAACGCCGCCCAAGCGAAAGAAGCCACGUACGAGCUUUACGAGGUUACAAAUAGCCGAACUGGAGAAGCGAUUUCACAAGCAAAAGUACCUGGCCUCGGCCGAGAGGGCCGCUCUGGCCAAAUCCCUCAAGAUGACCGACGCCCAGGUGAAAACCUGGUUUCAGAAUCGCCGUACAAAGUGGAGACGUCAAACGGCCGAGGAGCGCGAAGCGGAGAGGCAAGCUGCGAAUCGUCUGAUGCUGUCGCUACAAGCCGAGGCCCUUGGCAAGGUCGGCUAUCCAAACUCGGUGACGAAUCACAGUUCCGGAGCCUCGGUUCCUAGCCUCGAGGCUCAGGCGGCUCAAGCGUCGCUGACGCACCCUGCAGUGAGCCAAUGGGCUUCGCCGUAUGGACCACCUCAGCCACUCGCCGAUCCCAUCUGUUAAUCCACCGCAAUUAGAUAAAGACAUUCCAUCCAAAUAUCGAUGAAAAACCUUUCACUUCAAUAUCUUUGCAUUAUGAUUCAACUUGUUUUUACACUUACAUCUUAUCAUCAUUAGCAUAUGCACGUGUAAAUACUUGACCGAACAUUGACCAGCUUAAUUAUUGUUAUCUACAAAAAUCAACGAACGUAGACUCAGAAAGUACUUUGUAAUAAAAAUAUGACAAAUAGAAUAUGACGCCUAUUGUAAAUAAAUCCGUCUUAAAAAUACAAGUAUAAUUAGG